AUGAAAAUUCCAAACAGCAAGAUCACUCCUGAUAUUGCUAUCAAUAUGUUGGAGAAGGAGUUCCCUGACUGUAUUUUCAUUUUCGAGAAGUUGAAGACGACUAUAAAGAAAACUCUCAUCACCUGGAAGAAGAAGAUUCCUACUCCAACUGAGGAAACAGAUUUAUUACCAGAAUACGUCGAUGAGACAACUGAGCAACCGGAAAAUCCAGAUGAGAUUGGUGAAGAAACUACAG